UUCGGUGAGGACUGUGGGAACAGAGCAAUGCCAUCAAGAGGCAGAAGGGGAGUCUCUAUCUAUCUGGGUCCAUGUCUCUUCAGUUUCCACAAGCGUCGUCAGCGCACUGCCUGCUGUUCUACCUCUGGAUUUAAGUCUGCCGGAUUACCGCUCGGACUCUCACAUCAUUGUUGGAUGCUGCCACAUUUAAAUGGGAGGCAAAGUUGGACCUCCAUGGACUGCACAAAUGGUGACCAACACUUUGAUUGUUCUUGCAUCUCUAAGAGCAUCCUAGCGUUCAAAAUGAUUGCAGUUUUGAGUAAAAGUCUUUUUAUAUGCUUAUUCAAAGUAGGACUGUUUUUUGGCCAUAUGACAUUAUGAACUUGGCUGUGGACUGAUUUUUGUUUGGUAUUGGAGAUGUGUGAAAAAAGCAAUUUAUGAUAUACAUUUUCACCCAUUUAAAAGCCAUUUUUGCCAAUAUGUGACUAUAGCACUUUUUUCCUAAUAAUAUAUUAGUGUGACAUUUGUAUGACGCGCCAGUGUGGGGACUGUAUAUUGGACUGCAGGGCUCCCUUGUGGCGGCUUCUCUAAAACCUUUUGUCCUACUCCAGUUUUUGCCGAAAAACAAGAGCCACAGCGGUAAAAGAGGGCACUGCGAAGGAAGACACCCCCCUCCCAAAGUUGAGAGGGGGGUGGGAAGAUGGCAGCUCUCGCCAGCUCACUCAUUAGACAGAAACGGGCGGUCAAGGACGACCAAACCAAUCGACCAGUAGCCAACAAGCGUAAGCCCUGUCCGAAGAGCAACAAGUCCUUGUGCCAGAAACAGAUCCUGGUUCUGAUCUCCAAAGUACGACUAUGUGGGGGUCGCAAAGGUCGCAGCGAGAAAAGACCCGAUCCACAGCUGAAAGGCAUUGUUACACGCUUGUACAGCCAACAUGGAUACUACCUUCAAAUGCAGCCUGAUGGCACCAUGGAUAGUACAAGAGAUGAGAGCAGCUCUUUUUCACAGUUCAACUUAAUUCCAGUAGGACUGCGGAUUGUGGCAAUCCAGGGUGCAAAGACGGGGCUGUAUCUUGCCAUGAAUAGUGAAGGAUACCUCUAUACCUCUGAUAACUUCACUCCAGAGUGUAAGUUCAAGGAGAGUGUGUUUGAGAACUACUAUGUAACAUACUCCUCCAUGCUCUAUCGGCAAACCCAGUCUGGCCGCUCUUGGUAUAUCGGUAUCAACCGUGAUGGCCAUGUCAUGAAGGGGAACCGGGUAAAGAAGAACAAAGGAGCUGCACACUUCCUGCCUAAAGUUAUCGAAGUGGCAAUGUACAAGGAGCCAUCGCUACAUGAGCUCACACCUGAGCCUGUGAGUCCUCUUCGAAAGACCACCAAAACAUCAGAUUCCCCGUCCUUAAGGAAUGGCCGUAAAGAAGCUCCCAAGGCUGAUGCCUCAUAGCACAGGAGACAGAGGGUGGGUCAGAGGGCAACAGUGACACUUGGAACACAGUCACCCAUCAUGCACAGAGGGUGUCUGGGUGAAUGGCCCUCAGGGGCCACCACAUUCCAAAAGAGCACUAUAAGAUGCUGAGGGAUGAAGGGUGAGUAGUACAUCAGCAGCCAAGAGGUGGAGAGAGGAGUCAUCUCCCCCUCGCUUGUCACCGCAGAAUGACAGCUCUGGGCCCCGAGCCAGAACAACGAACACCCCUCCUUCCUGUGUUUGUCAUCUUCUCAGCCCCUUCUGAUUUCCUAAUGCACAUCCUACCCCAUUUCUGUCAUAAUGGGCUUUCUUUGUCACUUUUACAAUCUUGCCUUUUCUCCCAUGCCAAUGCGGCGCUUUUUUAUAUUGUAAUAAUACAGUCACCAUUCACACAUUUCUAAAGCGGCCUCGACUUCAUAAUCCUCACCCAUGAGCCCACUCUUGAUCCCUAAAGUUGGUUACGAUGUCGCACCGCCAGCUUUUCCACCCACCAUCUGCCGACCAGCUCAGCUAAUCAUCAAGGUCAACUAAAGCUCAACAAGAGAUGAAACAGCUCAGAAAGUAACGACGUCAACUGGAAUCCUGGGUCAAGUCAGGUCGGAGCAAGAGGGAGGAGAGUGAGGACAGACAAUCAGAUCAAAGUUUAGGUCCUCAGCACCAAAAGCCCCCUUGUCUUAUUACCAAUUUUCUUCAAGAACCCAAUCAAAAUCCAGCUGUGCCAGAUUUCUGUAACAUAGAAACAAAUAAAAUAAAAACACUAUUCUUCUAAAGAGUAUCCAUUAAAUGUAAUUAUAAAAGCUAUAAAUCAAUAGGUUUAUGAAUAGGGACAGUCGCUAUCAAGAAAUAAAUAUAAAAGGACUGAGUCACUAAAAGAGAAUAAGUCACAUCCGCUUCCCAAGCUUUUCUACCCAUCAGGUGAUCACUUAUUAUUAGAGAUCUUGCCCAAACGCUACACAUGAAGAACUGGGUCAUAUUUUCAAUCCAGUGUGGAUCAGAAAGCAGUCAUGUGAAAAACGAGCGGAAGUGUAUACUUCACUCGGCAUCUGCUGUCAGCAUAAAGCCGGGUUUGAAGGCAAACAUCAAAGCCAGAGGAGCCUCUGAGCAUGGAGCACUUGUUAUUCUGACGAUGUCUGGCAGCUUAUCCACCCGCUCACUUUAUCAAAUCACCUUGGAAGAAUCACCCUCAAAAAUGUAGCUGUCUGAGUGGAUGUCUUGGUGUGACUGCGCUGUAACCCCUGUGUGUAGAUGUCUUUGACUGUACAGAUACACUUUAUUGUGUGUAAACGAGGGCAAGGGAACGGAUACUUACUGCAGGUAACCUUAACAGUGUCAUUCAGGAAGAAGCACCGCACUGUUUCUGCAGUGGAAUAGGCGAUGCAUUGUGUGGACUCUUACCACUUUUAAGUUCCUUUUUUAGGCGUGUAUGGUGUUUAAGUUUUGGCGCCUUUUUAGAAUAUAUACAAAUUUGCGUCACUCUAGAAAUACAGUAAAGGGGAGCUUUGGGUGGUGACCACUAAGGCAGGAAAAAGAACGUUAAAAGGACGAUAUUUUGUUAAUGUAAACCAGAAAACAGACAGCAGAGCAGCGACCUACAUUGAAAUAUAAUCAAUAUGGCCAUGCAAAGUACAUCUUACACAGGUAUAGUGUCAAUUUUGAAACUGUCCAUGUGAAAGAUUUUUAGGAUUUAAUAUGAAAAACUAUAGUAACUGAUAGAAAAAUAUGUCAUGUUUUGAAACCGUUUUUUAAAAAAAGGUAACAUAGCAAUAUUGUGGCAAAAGAAAACAACAGGAGGACACUUUUUUUUUUUGUUUUACACAUUAUUACUAAGACAUCAGUUAUGUGAAGAUUGGUAAAGAAAGUGUACUGUAAGCUUUAUAUUUUGAGUGUGACAUUUAGUGUGGAGGCUGGUAAUGUUGAAAGACUGGUAUGUGGAAUAUGCCAACAAAUAUUUUGUCCAGUAGGGUAUGCAAGGCUCUCAGCAGGGAUGUAGGAGGCAUGCAGAUAUGAUAAUGAAAGUAAGAAUGUAAGUUAUUUGUCAUGAAGCUUCCUGUUUUGGGGGUUGGGGACAGGGGGGUGUUACUAAUUCCCAAAAUGCAUUGUGUGUGUUUAUACAAAACCUUUAUUAUUUGUUUUAUAGCCAUUUACUGUAUAACUACUAUUUGAUAUCAAAAUGAGAGCAGUAUGGAGUACUGUAGAUCUCUCUAAUAGGGUGAUUCAGCUGUCACCCCGUCGACAGUGUCACAAUGUAUUAAUACAGUGCAAUAAAUAUCCGAUAUUUUCAUUUCUCUACACUUUAAAAAAACAGCUCUUAGUGUAUUUCACGCUGAAGAAGGCCCCUGCAAGUUUUCAAGACUGCAGUACACCAAGUAGACAGAAAAGAACAAAGAAUGUUGAAAUAGCCUGAUAUUGUAAGUCAAGUAAUAUAUGGAUUUAGUUACAAGUGUAAAGAAAAUAGUAAGUUGUUAGUAAGUCGAAAGUAAUCACGGGCUAUGAGAGGCCUGUUUGUUAUUGCUUUGGAGAAAAAGAUCGAUUGGGUUUCGUUGUUGGGUUUCGUUGUGUGUAUGUGGGUCUUUGAUUAAAAGUUAGGUGAGACAAGACAAAGAGAUUAAAGAGAGAAACAAAGGGCAUGGAAAACAAUGAUCGAUAGAUUUAAUAAAGCACAAACAAGAAAAGAGCCAACUUUUGAUGGUUGCAAAAAUUACUCAAAGGUCUGGCAGGGACAGCAAAUUCUAUUUGUUAAAAAAAAAAAAACUCUGAGUUGUGUUUUCUCGGCAUACAUGCUAUCAAGUGGCCAGGUGGGUGAGAACAGACGUCUCAUUUCUGCAGAGCAAUCGAUAUUUGCUUCUGACUAACUGUUUCUUCUGGUUAUAAACAGCUUGAGAGUAAGCAGACAAACACCCUUUUAGCACAUAUGAGUUGAGACUUGAUUUUCAACUUCCGACUAAAGUAAUUUCCAGCACCGGAACUGGUUGAUAUAUAAGUUAACUUAUAGUUCUAAAGGCGCACAACCCCCCCCCCACACACACACACUCCAAAAUAAAUACAUUAAAUACAAAAUUGUAUCUAUUCGCUCUAAGACACCCCCUACAGUUAUAGCCAUUGUGGUUAAUAUACAAAAAUCUAUAUUUUUUUCACCGAUAAAGGUACACCUAGAAAACUCAGUAUUUACAGCAACACAUCAAAACACUUGUAGCAGGCUGGUCCACAUAUACAAAUCUUUAUACCAAAGGUAUUCAAAAGUGGUCUACGGAAGUCCUGCAGGGGAAUUGCGAAAGUUUGGUUGUUUAAGCUUUUUUAUAUUCUUUGCUCCCCCGGCAGUUUUUCAACAAAUGUAAAUGUCUUUGAUUACACAUUAAAAUUGAUCCAGCACACCAACAUAUUAAUAGAGGCAAAAGACAUCACAGAAGGUCUUUCAAGCAAUGCAGAGGUUUAUUCACCUGCCCGUCCAACCAAGAUUGCUGCAGUGCCAAUCAUCAUGGUCUUCCAGGUUCCUAGAAGAUUGGCCGAGAGUUAAUUUUCAGGUACCAGCUAGAUUAUGUUUAAAGGGAAUUGAUGACAAUUUUAAUCUACAUUUAAAACACUGCCUUGCAGUCUAGAUAACAGUCCCAGUUAUAACACAUUAUUGAGUCUGUCUGCAAGAUGUUUGUUUGUGGAGGUGUUCCCAGAUUACAAAUUAAACCACGGCCCACCCUUUCCAAAACUAUCUUAAUUUAUCUUUUGAAAAUGUACACUGUUUAAAUAUUUAUCUUGGAGUCAUCACCGCUAUUUAUAUUCCAGACAUGGUCGCAAAACAACGUCAUAAACAUUGUGUGGAUUGAUUCGGUCACAACAAUAAGUAGACUUGCACACUCGCGAUUGAUUCAGAGCUGCAGAAAUAGCAGCUCCAUUUAGCACGAUGUAUGUCACUGCAUGUUGCCCCUCAUUGUUAUUAUGCACAUGCCAAGAUUAUAUAAACAUAAUACUUUAUCCUACCUUUUUACAUAUUUCCUCACAGUCUGAAGCUGAGGGGAAGGAACUCCUCCAACACUGGCUGAGCGCUAUAUUAAAUUUCAAAACAAGUAUGUCCAACUUGCUGUGACUUCACGAAGUAUCCAGUCUGCAAAACAACAUGAGCAGAUGCAUCAUAAAGUGUGUGCAAGCUGUAGCCAAAAUGCAUUAGACUUAUGAUUUGACUGUUUGGCAGUGUUUAACACGGGUAUUCACAUUCACAGUGUAAUAACAUUUAGAAGUCAGAAAAUCAUCAACAAAAAUCAUCAUAGGUGUCCUUUAAGUGUGUGCACCACAAAAAAUAUUGUUUUGUAUCAUGACAAAAAAACACAAGCAGAGAAGGGGACAGCCUACCCUGCAGAUAACAAACCACACUUUAACAAAAUAGCUUUAGGGUUAAUUUCCCCAUCAGUUGGGGGGUCCUUGGCUUGGAAAUCAUCAGAGACAAAUACUAAGAAAUCCAUCAUUGUGAUCGCAAUAGCCUACGUUCCCAUUACUACAAACCAGUGUACUAUUUUGAAAAUAUCUGAGGUUAUUGUUUUCAAAGUUGCAAUUUACUGCUUUAUGUGAUCAAUAUGUUGAAUAACACAAACUGAGAUUGUAAGUCCUUGCAAUAUGAAAAAAAAAUCCAAGGACUUGUUUGGACUAAUGUUUGUAAGUGUUCUGCCCUUCGGUAAGAAGACAAUUAUAAAAGUCCAUGUCAAACAGCCCAUUCAAAGUAAUUCACACCCACACUGCAGUUUAGUUAAUCUGCACAUUGAUUGUAAAAUUGCGAAUGCAAACCCAUCAAAGUCUGAAAAUUAAUUGGAGGUUUGCUGCACAUCAUUGCAGCACUCAAGUAUCUGCAUGUUCUGUCUCCUCACAGCAUAUAUGUACAGUACAGUACAUACAUGACUAUUUAUGGAAACUUGCUCCAUUAGUCACAGUCUGAAAAUUAAUUGGAGGUGUGCUGCACAUCAUUGCAGCACUGAAGUAUCUGCAUGUUCUGUCUCCUCACCGCAUAUACGUACAGUACAGUACAUACAUGACUAUUAAUGGAAACUUGCUCCCUCUAAUGGAAAUAAUUCUGGUUAAAGUAGCAGUUUAUGUUAAAUCACUGCAAAUGCAAAAGUUUUAUUGUGAUGAGAUGUACUGCUUUUAGCUUUAAAAACACAAUGUGUUGGUUUAGAGGGUUUACAAUUCUAAACUGCUGACUGUUACUACCCAGGCAAAUGGUUCAUUUUAAUUCAGUACAUGUGUAUGCACUAAAUUAGUCCGAUUUCUGAUGUAGUUUGGCUCUAAAUAAGCCUCCUACAGACCAUGGAAACACAUUAAUCCAAUGGUGCUUGGUUUUUGAAAAGUCGGACUAAGACAUCUAAAUUUUGCGAUUAGAAACCAGAUCUCUCGAGUGGGUGUGUGCACCCAGAGAGGACCCUUCGUAUUGUGCAUGCGCCAGUCUCAACGAGAGGGAUACAACCUGGUAGCAGAUACCAUUCAAAAAAAUGUAGCAACAAUUGUAAUGAAGAGGAUACUUUUUAUUUGCUUCACAAACAUUUUGAAGUGCAUCAAUGAUAAAAAAAAAAAAGAAACAAAGAUUUAUUUAAGAAAGCACCAGUGGAAAUGUAAAAUGUCGGCUUAAUUUGGACUCACGAAAGAAAUACAAAUACAAUGAAAGCAGAUGUAUCAAAGGUGAAAAAUUAAGUGUACACAAACCUCUUCACACUGCAUUUGUGCACUCCAACAUGAUUAGCAAUAACUCCGUAUUCUGCACAACUGGCAAGAUAGCCCAGAACAUUACACACUUUCUCUGGAACAGUGUCAACCAUGGCACGGACGGUCUUCAGGAUUUAAAACUCCUAGCUUCCAUCAAUCGACAGACCCUUAUGAAUGAACUCGAGACAUUCAAAAAUGUUGCUACCAAGAUUCUUUGUCCAACAAUUCCUUCAAAAAAACUCUUCCGCUGAUCUGGCUUUGCUUCGGACCUGCAUUUGCCCCGAUCCAUUCUUGGUAGUAGCGUCUUGUUCGUAGCGCAAUCCAAGAUAAUUUCUUGAUUCCGUCUGCUGUUUAACAUCAACAUACAUUAUAUCCAUUACAGACGUAAUAUUUGUAAUCUGUGCCAAUAUUACAACAGACAUAACUUAAAACAAGUUGCAAAGAUCUGCAGAUGGCUAGUGUGACAUCAAAGGUCAGCCGGAAAAUAAAUUAAUUUAAAAGCGCUAAAAUGAAAUAAGCGCCGUGAGGCACAUGGCGUAAGACUAAUAGUCACAUUACACAAAGUGAAUGGAUACUUUAACUUCACACGUAGAUGUGAAAAUACCCCAAAAAUUAACUAAUUGAGAAAUCAGACUAAUUUUAGUGCAUGUAAACGUACUGAGCAAUAUAGACUUCUUGCACAUGACAUAUGUCAAUAGUAUAAAAGUAUGUAAAGUCAACACACUUGACGCAAUAUCCCAAUUUUGGAACUACUAACAGGCAAAUACUCAUCCAAUUAAGAUUAUAAUGGACUGUCUGUUUGAAAUGUAUGUUUUAUUGGCUGCAAUUUGUAGUAUUUUAAACUGUUGGUACUGAGAAGCAUUCUUCAUAGUUUGUCCCCUUAAUUUAUGUAAAUGGUAAGGAUGAGUCAUUGAGUGCGUUCACUCAAGUGGGGAAAGAGGACAUGAGCGCAGAUUAUGACCAAUGACAGUAACAACUAUAUAUUUUUCACUGGCUUCCGAUCUUGAAAUGAUAAUGAAUUGUUUUGCACAGAAGCUCUUAAUCUCAAACUUGGCAUCUUAUGUGAGUGAAGUUUUGGAGGGGUUGAUAAACUUAUAUGAUCUUUAUGAUCUAUUUAACAGUGUGUAUCAAUAUAAAAAUAACUGUGACUGUGUCGAAGUUCUAUAAUUUUACAUGCGUGUUAUGUCCAUGAUACAUACAGUACAGUAUAUUGUAUAAGUAACGUUCAAUGUCAGGUCUUUUUUUUUCUCUUGUUCAGAAAUGAAAAUAUACAUGUUGUCUGCUUCUGUUUUCUUUAAUCUCCAAUGUAACCUCCUCCAACAAGGCAGAGUGGUUCUUCUCUUUUUUACUCUGUUUUCGACUUUGGUUUGCACCAAUGCAUCUUUGCAAAUUUUCUCCCUGCGUGACCUUCUUCCCAGCUUAAUCCCACUGUGUGAUGAAGUUAUAUGUUUGUAAAAGAUGGACUCAAGUGAAAACAGAGGGAAGAAACCCGACCAAAGCCCACAUGUGUCCCGCCAACACCAGCACUGACCUUUGUGGGCUGGUGUUAUAGUCAUGCACAUCUUCCAAAAAGCUCAGCAGGAAUUCCUCUUUUUCUCUAUUUCCUACUCUUCUGGACUCCGGGUUUCUCUGUCUCAAGCCAAUAUUCUUGUUUUCCAAAAAAUGGACACUGAGAGAAAGAGGAGAACAGAUUUUUAAGCCAUAAAUGAAAAUGGGCAUUGGCAUUGAUUGGCCAAAGAGGGAAGGCCUGGAUUUGCCGGCGCCUCCGGAUUCAGACACACAUUAGACUCCAAAAGAGCCAAAUGAAGGAGCGGAAUCUGUCUUUUUUUAUGUAUACAAUUGCAGUACAAGCAGGAUGGAAAACCAGCAAUACGUAAAAGGACCUGAAAAUAUCAACUGUGGUUAAAAUGGCAAUGAAUUGCAAAAUAUAUCCAUGGUCUGCAAUAAUACCUUGUAUAUGUCCAGAAUGACAAGUGAUUUUUCUUUUUUUUUUUGCCAAGUAUGUCACUGUGGUUUGACUCAAACGGUAAGACUCCCUCUGGACAAAAGCCCUUGGUUUACCCUCUUGAAUCACCUGAUGUUCCAUCCAACCUGUAUACAUUUCUAUAACUUCUGAACUGGAAGGCGGAGUGUCCUAUUCUGGCAUAGUAUUCAAUAAAGCAGCAUAUAUUUGUAUGGAUGUACGCAG